AUGUGGAGACGUUGGUCUUCUAAACCUAACCCAGAACCUCAAGCCUUAAGGACUUCCGCCGAUGAGGAGGCCCUGGCAGAAUAUGUAUACUCUAAGGUUAUUUAUCAAGCAGGAUUUGAUAUUUUUUGUACAGGUGUAGACUUUGAAAGCAAGCCAAUGGUGGUGAUUUGCGCCUGCAACCUGCCAAAUCCUGCAGAUGUCAAUUAUGAUAGAAUUUUAUCUCGAAUACUACAGAAAUUAGAUAUUUUUGUUGAAAGUGAUUAUACUGUUGUACUCUUCGCCGGAGGUGCCAAAUAUAAUCCUGGUUGGGCUUGGAUGUUUCGAGCAUAUAAAAGCUUGAGUAGAAAAUAUAAGAAAAAUUUAAAAUCCUUAUAUAUAGUACAGCCAUCUACUUGGGCUCGUUUAUAUCUUGAUUUUAUGAAUGUUGUGAUAAGUCCAAAAUUUGCAAAAAAAGUUAAAUACGUUCUUACAUUAUCCGAACUAGCUAAAUAUGUUCCUCUUACGCAGAUUGACAUACCUCCUGCUGUUUACGAAUAUAAUUUAAAAUUCGAAGAUAAAAUUACAUUACCAAAUUUAUACAAUUACGAUGAAGAUGGACAUUUGAUGUUUGGAGUCCUUAUUGAAAAACUCAUGGGUGCUGAAGGAGAAAAUGGAUUACCAAGAGUUGUUAGAGAUUGUGUCACGUAUCUAAGAUCCGAAGGUUUGGAAACUGAAGGAGUGUUUCGUAGAUCACCUAGUUCCGUAUUAUUACGACAAGCGAAGGAAGCAUAUGACCGAGGAAAUCCUGUAAAUUUAAAAGAUUAUGGAGUUCAUGUGGCAGCAGUUCUUCUUAAAAUGUUCUUUAAUGCUCUGCCAGUACCAGUUUUCCCCGUGGAAACAUACGAUACCCUUAAACAAAUACUACAUAAACCAAAUUAUUUGGGGAGAAUUGAAUUUAUUCGUAGUAGUGUUUUUCCAUUAUUGUCUCCGGCGGUAGUUCUUGUCCUGAAAUAUGUUUGCGCCCUUCUUGUUGAUAUUUCAAAGCACAAGGACGAAAAUUUGAUGACGCCACACAAUCUCGCGGUAAUGUUUGCACCGAACUUAGUACAUAGUGGUAAUCCAUUAUUAGAUGUUAGUAUGUGUGGUUUGAAAGUUAACGAUGAUAUUAAUGGUGGUGGAGUGGGUAUAUUGAUGAGGCUCGCAAUAGAACAUUUUGAUCUUAUGUUUGAAGGAUAUGAAGAUUUAAAUUGUCGAAUCCGACCUGAGAAUGGAUCUAUAUCAACAUCAUCAUCUAUGACAUGUUCAAGCGGAACUCCAGAUACACCAACCAUAAUUAAUACAUCAGCAUUCUUUACGAAUCCACCAACACCUCCAAAAUAUCCAUCAGUUAAAAAAGUGCGAAGUAUCGCAGCACUAACAACUUUAACGAAUGAUCCAUUUCGAGUUGGAGCGGGGGUUGAGAUCAGCGGUAUUAAGGAUCACCAAAAAGUAUUAAUGAAUUGCGAAGGUCAAUGCCCUGGAUGGGUUGAUCUAUGUUUUAUUGCUUUAUUUGGAGCCUUUGACCUUUUUGAACCAAUUUAUCAACUAUUACAUUUUCUUUUUC